GGCAGCUCGUGAAGGCAUCACGGGGACAGCAGCCAUGAAGCAGUCCCUCUGCUCAGAGCCUCAGUGACAGUGAUGAUGAAACACUUUGUUCAGCAGCUUCUUCAUGUCGCUGCAGAACCUCACCAGGCUCCUUCAAUCCGCUGCUGCAUGAACUGAGAGCUGCAGAUCAUCCGGACUCCGAGGAUCUGCGGUGACCCUUCAUUUUGUUUUCCCGUUUCAAGCUGCGGAGCCAAAACACCGAGAGAUGGAGGAGUUUACAAGCCGUGCUCCGGGACGGGUAACCGUGUACUCCAUCCAGGGCUGCCCACACUGUGUGCAGGCUAAGGCCACCCUCGGGCGUUUGGAAGUGCCAGUGUGUGACGUGGACUUGGGGAGGCAUCCAGAGCUGAGAGCGGCAGUGAAGGAGCUUACCGGACGCAGCUCAGUCCCUCAGAUCUUCUUCAACAAUGUUCAUGUUGGCGGCAACGAUGACCUGCAGAAAUUGGCUCCUGAGGAGCUUCAGAGAUUGGUGAGUCUGGUCAAGGAGGAGCCUCUUCCAGCAGAUGCUCCGCCUGUGCCAGAGAAGAGCCAAUCAGAGGACGCAGCUGGAGAGACCGAUGGAGAGUUUAUGUGUGAGAAAGAUGAGUUGGCCGACCUGGUACAGGACCUCAAACAUGGCAGUGUUAUUGGCAGUCAAAGGAGGGGGCUGUCUGUUUACAAAAAGAGCUUCUCCGGCGAUCAGCUGGUAGACUGGCUGCAGAAAGAGAAGGGCAUGGCCCGGGCUGAGGCCUGUAGCACUGGACAGGCGUUGUUGCAGAAGAAGUACAUGGUCAGUGUGCGUGGCUGUGGGCAGCAGGAUGGCGGUUUUGGAGAAGGGGAAAACGUCACUGACGCACUGUACAGGCUCCUGGAGGAUGACCCUCACUCAGCCCUCAACGCAGGACAGACCGCAGGCUGCAGUGUCAAACCGGCUGCGGAGCUCUCUCUGCUUUUACGGGAGUUGAUUCUGAAACUGUUCUCUGAGCAUCUCUCUGCCGACGGCAAGUCCGUGGACUACAAUGGCAUGUCGUCGAACCCUGCGUUCAAGCGUUACUCUGAGCUGGCCAUCCAGCUGCAGAGGGUGGAGCUGCUGUCACUGAGCCGGGAGGAGAAGCUGGCCUUCUUCAUCAACACCUACAAUGCACUCGUCAUCCAUGGGUUCCUCCGCCUGGGGGCCCCCACCAACAUGUGGUCAAGAUACAGAUUCUUCAACUAUGUGAGCUACCUGAUUGGAGGAGAAGUGUUCACAUUGCAGGACAUAGAGAACGGCGUGCUGAGAGGGAACAAAAAGGGUCUGGCACAGUUUCGAAGGCCCUUCUCCAACACGGACCCAAGGCUUCAAGUGGCUCUCCCGAACGCAGAGCCCCUCAUUCACUUUGCCUUGAACUGUGGUGCAAAGGGCUGCCCGCCUAUUAAAACGUACAGUCCACAGGACAUCGACAGUCAGCUCCGCAUAUCAGCUGAAGCCUUCCUGGAGAACGAUGACGGCUGUGUGGUGGAUUCUGGGAAAAGAGAAGUGCGACUCAGUCAGAUCUUCAAGUGGUACAAGGCCGACUUUGGAGGCACCGAUGAGAACCUGCUGAAGUGGGUGCUGGAGCACAUGGGCGCCUCUCCGAAGAAGACCAGCCUGCAGGGCGUCAUGUCUGAAGGCAAAACCAAGGUCACCUUCCUCCCUUAUGACUGGAGCUCCAACGGCUCCCACUGAGCCUCUCACUCAGAAACACAACACACCCAGCUAUACACUAUGUCCCCUUGCAUCUGUCUACUUUCUCCUGAGCUGCAUCUCCUUCAACAUCAUGCAAUUAUUCUUAUGCAAAUCCAACUGUAAAAUCCAAAGGGACGCGUCUGCACUGAACUCCAGAAUUGUAUUUGUCUCGUACGUUAGGUGUUUUGUUUCAGGUAAUGCCAAAAACAACAGGAUGACGAGCGAGCCUAUUUUAGAAAACAAGACGCUCGACAUUUUCUACUGCAGCGGAAUAUUUAAUAAGAUGAAAUGCACUUCGAAUGAGUCAUUGACUUUUCGUAUUGAUAAAAUAAAUGUAAAAUGAUAAACUCUAAAAAACAACACAUACACAUCUCAAAUUAUCAAAGAUGAAAUGAUCACAGAGAAUUCCGGUAUUAUAACAACCUCAAUCAUCAAUAUGGCUUUCAUUCUUUCAAGUCCCAGUCUUUAAACAGCACGUCAGCAACUCAGGACCAAUAGAGGAUCAUGAUCUUCUCAGUCCAGUUCUACACAUAUUUGAGGCUACUUCACAUGGAGAUGACAACUUUACUGAUCUAAAUACUCUGCCUUGAUAAGCCAUAUCAAAAUACCCUAAAAAAAACACACUCAUUCCAGUGUAGUGGUCUGCAGAUUGUCCACAGAGCUGGUCCAUUAUUCCGGCAGCGUCUUCAGUGGCCACAUCUCCACCUCCGUGAACUGGAUCCAGUGUCCAUGUUUUAAGAGACACAGAAAGAUGCAGUGCUCAGACUUUUGCAUGUCUUGGAUCUGUUUUUAUUCCUAACCCCUGUUGGCAUUUUGGUUCUCCCUCUCUUCUACAUCAUCGUCCACCCUCCCCUUCUAAUCCAGGUCUUCCAUUUGAAAUUGCAGAAGUGCUACAACUGUGUUUUUUCCACACAGGUAUUUAUUAAGAAAUUUAAUAAUUUUGUGAAUAAUGGAAACACAUGUCCAAGCUGCACCCACACGGGAUGCACUCUAUCAAUCUACACGUUUAUCACCAACUCUGCUGUUGAACUAUAUUUGUACUUUUUCACAAAGAAAAAUGUUGCCGCAAUAAUGUUCUGUGUUAAUUUGACUAUUUAUUCCAGCACGUCUGUACAUUUUAUUUUGUUGUUGCUAAAAUCAGAAGCAAUUAAAAGUAGCAGUUUAAGACUUAAUUCAGUUUGAGUUUUUCACUUGUCAGUUCAGUUUCCAAUAUUGACUGCAUAUCAAGAUGGACAACAUGUCUCCAUUUCCUCCCUAAAUCCAGAAAUGAAGCUAAAAUAUCAUGGAUACGAAUGGAUAUCAAAAAAUGAACAUGUGAUCAAAGUUCAGGGUGACAAGAGCAACCUAAAAUGACAGAAACCAUCACAUAAAUGUAUAUGACGUGUGGUUUGACUUUUAAGUUUAGUCCUUCUCCCAACCAUUAGCAUGGAAGAGGGAAUAUCUAUGGCCUAUAUUGCAGCCAGCCACCAGGGGGCAGUCCAGCCACUUUUGGUGAGCAGUCAUGUCGUCCAUCGUUACAGUCUAUGGUUUCCACCUAAACACUGAAGUUUGACUUUAUUGGCUUUCCAUUUUACCUGGCCUUAAAACAAUCACUUGUUUUCAAAAUGAUGCAUUUUUCUUUGUGAUUUCCCACACACUGUGGUUAAAGGAAACGUGUGACUUUGCAAAUCUUUAAUUAAGUGAUCUUUCCACAAUUUCGGACUUUAUCUCAGGUCAAAGGAAAAUGUGAGUGGAACUGAUUCAAGUCAUCGAUGUCAGCAUUCUGUGCGCUGCAUGUCGUUCCUGCUGUUUCUCCUCAUUCUGUAUCUUCUACAUUUGUUUGCAAAUAAUUGUAUGCACGCCUGCACAUGACUGUACAUGUUACUGUGCAUUAGUUUCUGUCUAUAGGCUACAAGCGUCACCAAAGCAAAACAGUUUACUGAGCAUGUGUUAUAACUGGAAUGCAUUAGCUGCAUGAAACAUUGUUAAAGCCUCUGUGCUUGAAGGCCUGUCGCAGGGCUGCCUCUGAGUCUUAUCAACAGUCUGCACUUUUUCUUUCUCUGCGACAAUGGACCUUUGACUUUAUUAACGAUAGACUCAGAUUAACAUAUGAAGGAAGAACACCAUGGCUAAAUUGAACAGGAAAAAAGGUUUUACUAUACGUCAGGGGUUUUCAAAGACUGACACUGCCGGCCUUCCCUGAGACUAAACAUGGGAAAUGGCGCCCCCUUCCUCUCAUCUUAGUUUACUUGAUUCGUUUUGCUCAAUACAUGGAUGCCAAUAGCAUCAUGGUUGUGUUUUUUGAUCCCACAAACACUCAACAGCUGAGUCAAGAAAGCCUUAUAUUGCAGUUUGACAUAACUUCAUAUUGCACCAAAUACAUACAAGACCCAGUUAUUAGUUUAUGACUGGGAAAGAGGGAAAAACUACUGAAUUUCUUCAUGAUCUCUUUAACCAAAUCACACAUGUGAAGGUUACAUAUAUGAUAACUAAUGUAAUAACUAAUGUAACAUUAUUUCCCUUAAUUUCACUGAGCCAAACAUCCCUGAAACUGUUUGGAGCCCCCCUGGGGAGGCCUGCCUCACACUUUGAAAACCUCUGUACUACUUUAUUAUUGAUGUAAUUUAUGAUAUCAUUGUAUUUUUUUUAGAAUUACCUCAUGUAACAGGUAUUUGAUGCAAAAAACUGUUUUUUUUAACAAAGCCAUUCUAAUAUAAUCAUUCUGUUUUCCUCUAACCUGGGGUUUAUCGAAGCAAUAUGUUUAUGGUUAGUAAAUAUGCAACGCGGAACUAUACAAUAAAGUCUAUACUGAGUUA